AUGACAAAUCCUAUCCAAGCCAUUAGUAACGCAGUUAAAGGCGCUUCCUCCCAAGACCCUAACACAUCCGCUCCACCGACUGGUCAGACUCCGUCGCAAUCUUCCCCCACUAUCCCACCAGAAAACCCACCUCACGGACCUAAAAGACCCGCAAACCCCUCGGGGACCACAUCCUCUUCCAAGACCAACACCACACAAAAGUCGGCGGAAGGGCACAAACAAACCCAACCAAUACCAGCCCAAUCCAUCGCAAAGCAAGGCCUACAGCCAAAAGGGAAAAGCCUUGGCACCCAAGCAACCAAGACAGCCGCAGCCUUAGGCGUAGAAAACGCAGGCAGCGCAAGCUCCCAGGACGUCGCCGCCAAUACCCUCCGGAAGUACCUGGCGGGGAUACAGAUGUGGCAUACUUACCACAAUGCCAUUUUCCCCGAACAGACUAAGCUCAAGGUCUCCGUGAUGCUCAAGUCGUCGGCCUACGUCGACGUGGAGGUACCCAAGAAGCCUCGGAAGAAGGCUGUCACAAUCGACAUCCUCGUCAAACUCGCAGAGAUUCUAGCUACGGGGGACCCAUUCCAGAGAGCGCUCUUCGACCUCAGUGUAGUAGCAUUCUGGGGCAUGGCACGUCUCGUCGAACUGACCUACAAUGACAACUGCGGCCCCCUCCGACCACAAGCCUCACUCCUGACAUCCGACAUCCGACAAGACCUGGAGGGCGGAGAUGGAUCGAUAACGCUUGUCAUCCGAGGAGCUAAGACAGCCUCUCCGGGGGAAGAGCAAUUGAUUCGCCUCAAGAGGCUACCUCAUAUGCUAUGUCCAGUGCUCGCGGUCCACAGGAGACUAUCUGAGGCCUCACGCUACCACGAUCUAGGAGGGGCUAACUCACUCUUUGGAUUCCUUGGACCCGACGGCAACCGACACCACAUCACGAAGCCCAUGGCCACGAGAGCCUUAGAUAAAAUCUGGAAGGCCUGCGGGUACGAGGGUGUCUCCGGUCACUCAUUCAGAGUAGGUGGUGCCUCGCUCCAGCGGGCUUUAGGGAUUCCAGUCGAACAGAUUUGCACUAGGGGAAGGUGGGCCUCCGACUGCUACAAGCUGUACUUAAGACACUUCUUGGCCGACGAAUUAGCAGCUAACCUAGCCUUGCUAAACCAAUUGGAAGAGGCCUGGGACUCUUAG